UCCCGCUAUAUUUUCAGAGCGUAAAUGUACAAGCGACGUUAAUUUGUAUAUAACGCGAUUUUGAUAUUUUGAAUGUCAGGGAUUCAAGUUAAAGUUCUUCAUGCUUUUAAACUUAAUGGUUUAUCCUUAAGAAGUGAAGCUUCAAAGUUUCUGAUUGAAACAUUAGAGAAUCUUGAUUCAGGCGAGGUUGAUACUUGGUUAAGAAGAGUUAUUGAAAUUGUGCAAAAACAACCUUUGGAUAAUGUAUUCAUUGAUCGAGCUGUAUUGGAACAUGCUGUAGCUGAAUGUAAAGAAGGAAAUGAUGACACAGGAGAUAGGGUGUUCAAUUUCAUUGAUGCAUUCAGUGUACCACAUUAUACUUAUAAUGUUGAGAGAAAGAAGUUUAUGUUAGAUUCAAAUAGAAAACCUUGUCUUAAUGGGCUUGCUGAUGAUAAAGCUAAUAUGUUUGUUGAAAGAUACACACUAUUAUAUCAGCGUACAAUGCAUCAUGAAUUGUUUACUCCUUCAGCUUUUGCUGCUUCAUCAAAUGUCAAAAGUGCUAAAUUUACUUUAAAACCUGUUGAACAUCUGUUGGGUUGUUCUGGAAAUCUGGGUGAUAUCAUUGUUUUUGGAAUGUUGACAAGGUUAAAAGAGGAUAAAUAUUUUUUAGAAGACCCUUCUGGAGUGGUUGAAUUAGAUCUUUCAAAAACAGUUUUUCAUACUGGACUCUACACAGAAAAUUGUUUUGUGCUAGCUGAAGGUAGCUAUGAUGAUCAAGUAUUUCAUGUGUCUGCAUUAGGAUUCCCCCCUCUUGAAAAAGCUGCAACAACAAGAUCAUUUUUUGGAAACAUAAAUUUUUUUGGAGGACCUUCUUCAGUUUGUGUGGCAUCAUCGGAAAAAUUAAAACAAUUGGAACAAGACGAUGUUAAUCAAAAUAACAUGUUUGUAUUUAUCUCUGAUCUGUGGUUGGACAAUCCAAAAGUUAUUUCAAAUUUUAAAACACUUUUGAGUGGAUAUGCAUCAAUGCCUCCUGCUUUAUUUGUAAUAUGUGGAAAUUUUCUUUCUCAAUACUGUGGUACAAAGCAACUGAUGCAAUUGAAGCAAGGUUUUGAUGAACUAGCUCAGCUGAUUUCAGAGUUUGACGAGAUUUUAGAAAGCAGUAGAUUUGUAUUUGUUCCUGGGCCACAAGACUUGGGUCCAGCUAACAUUCUUCCUCGACCACCGCUUUCAAAGAUGAUUUCUGAAAAGUUGAAGGAAAAGGUUCCGUUUGCAUAUUUCUUAUCAAAUCCUUGUCGAAUUCAAUAUUGCAGUCAAGAGAUUGUCAUUUAUCGAGAAGAUAUUGUCAAUAAAAUGUGUCGCAACAGCAUUCAUUUACCAACAGAUCUUCAAGAUAUACCUUCUCAUUUUGCCAAAACAUUGCUAUCUCAAUCUCAUCUGUGUCCUUUGCCUUUGCACAUACGACCAAUAUAUUGGUCUUUUGAUAACGCUCUAAGACUCUAUCCAUUACCUGACGUUGUUGUUUGUGCUGAUAAGUAUGAAGGAUAUAAUGUCAAUAUAUCUGAUACCAUUUUUAUGAACCCGGGAUCUUUUUCAAGAAAUGAUUGUGUUUUUAAAGUUUAUUGGCCAGCUUCAAAAGAACUGGAAGAAUGCAAAAUUACAUCGUGAUAUAAUGGUUUGGAAGUAUAUUUUCUUAACAUAAAUCUGUAAUGGAUAGAUUUUUGGCCUAAUAAUGCCUUAGUUUUGUUUUGGAGAUUAUAAUCUCCAAACACGAAUUUAAAUGAACUGAUGAAUAUGAAUGGCGAAUAUAAAUGAACUGAUGAACAUGAAUGACGAAUUUAAAUGAACUGAUGAGCAUGAAGUUUUUUGCAAUAUUAAAAAAUAUUUCCAGCAUAACGUCGGUUGUAAUAGAUUUCUUCAGAUCUCUAAAAAAAAUUAUUCUGACAAUUGCUGAAAAAAGAUUUUUAAAAUAAUUUUUUAUAAAAGAAAGAUACAAUGAUUGCAACACGAGAAUCAUUUUUUUCAGCUCAAAGCGAAAAGCUUAGAUUAUCAACAGAGUGCAAGUUAUUUCUUUGUUUUUUUUUAGCUUUUCUAUUUGCAUAUAAAGUUUUUUACAAACUUUAUAUGCAAAUAAAAAUGUCUCGUUUAUAUACAAGUACUAUGGCGGAUGUUAAUUUAUAUGUAGUAGUUUCUAUGCGCUUCUUUAUAAUUUUUUUUUCCGAUUUAGUAUUUUUUCUCUGCAAAAUUCUUUUUUCUGUAGGUUAACUAACUGCAAAACCUGUUUUUCUUGUGCACUUCUAGUACAAACUGCGAUAAAGCUGUUGUUUUUAAAAUAUUUUCCUUGUCAUGAUGCUCUAGUUUAUUUUAAAACAUAAGAAAAAGAUCAGCUUUCAAUUGA